AAAUAUCAUGCCUGCUGUAAAAAUUCAAGAAGUCACUUCUACUGAAAAAACUCUAAGAGUAGCUGCACACUCACAUAUUACAGGACUCGGUCUUGACCAAACAAACGGAAAUGUAUUGGAGGAUAUUACUGCAGGUUUAGUUGGACAAAAACAAGCAAGAGAAGCUGCUGGUAUUGUUGUAGAUUUAAUUAAAUCCAAAAAGAUGGCCGGAAGAGCCUUGUUAUUAGCAGGCCCACCUGGGACAGGUAAGACAGCUAUUUCCCUCGCAAUUUCACAAGAGCUUGGAAAGAAAGUACCUUUUUGUCCUAUGGUAGGAUCUGAAGUUUAUUCUUCAGAAGUAAAAAAGACUGAAAUUCUUAUGGAAAAUUUUAGAAGAAGUAUAGGAAUUAGAAUAAAAGAACAAAAAGAAGUAUACGAAGGUGUGGUGAUUCAAUUGACACCUGAGGAAGCAGAAGACGAAUUAAGUACAAACUACGGAAGCAAGGUGAUAAAACAUGUAUUAAUUGGUUUGAAGACUACUAAGGGAACCAAAACACUAAGAUUAGAUCCAUCUAUCUAUGAAUCAAUUCAAAAAGAAAAGGUUCAAAUUGGUGAUGUCAUAUAUAUUGAAGCAAACAGUGGUGCUGUGAAACGUGUUGGUAGAUCUGAUGAAUAUAUUUCUGAACAUGAUUUAGAAGCUGAGGAGUAUGUUCCAAUUCCAAAGGGUGACGUGCAUAAGAAGAAAGAUGUUGUCCAAGAUGUCACUCUACAUGAUUUGGAUGUUGCAAAUGCAAGACCGCAAGGAGGACACGAUAUGUUUAGCGUAAUGAACUCUAUGAUGAAACCUAAAAAAACAGAAAUUACCGAAAAAUUGAGAAAUGAGGUCAACAAAAUUGUAAACAAGUAUAUUGAUCAAGGAGUAGCUGAGUUAGUUCCAGGUGUUUUAUUUAUUGAUGAGGUUCACAUGUUGGAUGUAGAAUGCUUUACUUAUUUGAAUAGAGCAUUGGAAUCAACACUGGCACCAAUAGUCAUCUUUGCUACAAAUAGAGGAAAUUCCAAGAUUAGAGGAACAGAAAUAAUUUCACCACAUGGUAUUCCAGUUGACUUGUUAGAUAGACUUUUAAUUAUCAAGACAUCUCCCUACACUCUCGAAGAGGUAGUCCAAAUUGUUGCAAUCAGAGCAAAGACUGAGGGUAUUGUUUUAGCACCUGGUACUUUGGAUGAAUUAGGAAGAAUUGGUGAUAGAAGUUCAUUAAGAUAUGCUGCUCAACUGUUGACACCUGCCCAUAUUUUGGCCAGAACUAACGGUAGAGAGGAAGUUACAAUUGAGGAUAUUGCUGAGGUUAGUGAUAUGUUCUUUGAUGCUAAGACGAGUGCUGCUCACCUUUCUGAACACGGAAGUGAAUAUAUCGAUCACCAAAAGUAAACUUUAUCACUUUUU